CAGCAGCAGCGCUGGAGAAGGGACCAGGCAUCUCCGCGAUGGACCCGGGGGACUUUGAUCGCAGCAGCAGAAUUUCCCGGGAGUUCCAGGGACUCCCAGGUAGAGGGGAGCUUUGGUUCUCACCUGGUCCCGCAAGCGGCUUCCCCGGGGACCGCAGGAGCCCGGACGUCCAGGAGGCCAGCCCGCUGCUGGAGGACCUCAGACGACGGCUGGCGCGCGCCUUCCAGUGGGCGAUACAGCGCAGGGCCUCGAGGCGCGCGCAGGAGGCGGCUGCGGCGGCGCUGGAGGAGCAGAGCCGGGCGCGCGUGGAGGUCGCCCUCGCCGGGCUGCGGGCGGAGCUGGUGGAAAUGCAUUUCCAAAACCACCAGCUGGCUAGAACUUUACUGGACCUAAACAUGAAGGUGCAGCAAUUAAAGAAGGAGUGUGAACUGGGAUUUACAUCAGACUCUCGAAGCCCAAAAGAUAAUGCUGCGAAUUCAGAAUAAAGAAAGGCACACAUGAAGAUCUGAACUCCAAAACUAACACAUCAACCCUGAAACAAUUCUGAUAAACACAUUAUGCUUUGCAUAAGUUUUGAGGGGCAAUUUGUAGACCCAAAACUUAGAUGACAGGUGAAGGUGACGUAAAAAUAUCUAAGAAAGGGGAGAGAAAAAUGAUGUAUUACCAAGUUUUAAAGUUACUUAUUUGUUGUUUUGACUGGGACAGAGAAGUAAAAUAUAACUGUAAAUCUCUCCCUCAAAGAAUGCUUUAAUGCCAACUUCUGGUAUUCUACCUUGUGUCACCUGAUGCUCCUGGCAUUGCCUGAGCUUACAGAGUUCAUGCUUAUUUAGUUUAACUUGAUUAUUCCUGGUUUGUCUGUCCAGCAGCCUGCCCUCCUUUUUGUGAAUUAUUUCUACUUGGAUUCCAGCAAUGCCCUUUAUUUAGGUGGUCUGCCAUUAGGGGUACUCCACCUUCCUGGAUAUAGUCAUGCAGCUUAAGGCAGCAGAUGGGUUUGUCCUCAGGAUUUUUUGAAUGGGCACUGAAAGAGUAGAUGAGUAUUUCUGCUGGUAGAAGCUGUGGGUCAGGGUCUUGGAAGCUGCUGGUGGUCACCAUGUGAGAAAGCCCACACCCUAACGGAGAUGAUUGAAACAGAACCACUAAAAGUACAAAAAAGGAAGGGGGGGUACUUCCUUGUUCCUGGGGUCAAACUGUGUAAGACCCCAGGCCUUGCUCUUGUGUAUAUACAUGAGAUAUUCUGAUAUCCUUCUCAUAAAAUCUCUUUUUGCCUAAGCAACUUCAAGUUGGAGUUUCAUGACUUGUAUCUAGUGUUCAUAACUAAUACAGUUGUUCAGUUUUAGGAGUUAAAAUGGUUCUUACUGUUGAAUUGGACUAUCUAUACCCGAAAACUGCUGUCUUUUUAAUGCAAACAAUAAAGUUAAUAAAAAAUAGUUGCAGAUCUAA